CGCAGUAGCCCGUGUCCCGGAAGCAGAGCCCGACCGUGUUGUUUUUGUUUUGAAUGGCAGGAGUGAUGAGCACAGCAGCCGCAGCUAAUCUCCAUCGUAUUCUCAAAUAGCACCGUCCCCAUGAUGAACUUCGAGGGUUUGGAUCCGGGCCUGGGCGAGUAUGCGCCGGGCCUGCACGGGACCCUGGAGCCCGGCCUGGAUUCGACCCUCGAUCCAGCUUUGCUCCAAGGAGUGGAGCUGGACCACGAGGCCCUGGCCGUGCCUGUGUCCGAGUCAGUGCACCUGCUGGAAGGCAUGUACUCUGAGCUUCAUAGCGUGGCCGCGGAAGUCGGCAUCCCUGUAACAGCCUCCCACUUCGACCUACAGGAAGAGCUGCUGUGGAUGGGGAACCACCGGGGACAUGCAAGCUCCUUUUUCGGCCCCACCAUGGGUCGCUACUCGUCUUUCCAGGUGCACCUGACUGAUGAUAUCCGCCACAUUCAGAGCAUGGACACAGGCGUCCUGUUUCUGACCAAGAGCAACCUCAAGUGCCUUACUCGCGGAGGCCUCAUCAUGUUUGACUACCCGAUGGAAGAGGGCACUGACAUGCACAGUUUGCUGCUCACUGACAAUAACACACUGCUCAUGGGAGGCUUGCAGAACUACGUUGCUGAGUUGGAUCUGAAUACAGUGCAGGAGACACAGAAAUUCACAGUGGAGGUUCCUGGGGUGGCCAUCAUGAGACAGUCCAAUCGUUUCUUCUUUUGUGGUCACACAUCUGGAAAGGUGUCUUUGCGAGAUUUGCGCACAUUUAAAAUGGAGCACGAGUUUGACGCUUUCUCCGGCAGCCUGUCAGAUUUUGACGUGCACGGCAACCUGCUGGCAGCGUGCGGCUUCUCAAGCCGUGGCCUCAAUGGCCUAUCCUGCGACCGCUUCCUCAUGGUGUACGACCUGCGCAUGAUGCGGGCUGUGACACCUCUGCAGGUGCACGUGGACCCCCUUUUCCUUCGCUUUAUUCCCACCUACACUUCCCGCCUGGCCAUCAUCUCCCAGACAGGUCAGUGUCAGUUCUGCGAGCCCACUGGUCUUGCCAAUCUUGCCGACAUCUUCCAUGUGAACACGGUGGGCCAGCUGCUCAUGAGCUUCGACGUGUCGUCGAGCAAGCAAGCUCUGGCCUUUGGUGACUCAGGUGGCUGCGUGCAUCUGUGGUCCAGUGCCCCGGAGGUCUCCUUUAACGAUUACUCACGAGAGACUGAGCUAGCCCUGCCCUGCCUGGUGGACUCACUCCCUCAUCUGGACUGGAACAAUGAGCUGGUGCCUCUGUCUUUGCUGCCUAUGCCUCUUACCAACACAGAGCCUCUGCUCUCAGACUGGCCGAGCAACCUAGUCACUCCAAGCCCCAGACGAGCACCACCUGUGGAUCCAGAGAUCCUGAGGACAAUGAAAACGGUUGGGUUUAUUGGAUACGCUCCAAACCCUCGCACACGUCCCAGAAAUCAGGUCCCCUAUAAGAUAAAGGAGGUGGAGCUUGAGUACGACAGCUAUAACCAAGUCCCAGAGUCUCCAAUUGGUCGAGAUGAGGAGCCUCACCUUUACAUGGUGCCAAAGAAGUAUAGAAAGGUCACCAUCAAGUACUCCAAACUGGGUCUGGAAGACUUUGACUUUAAGCACUACAACAGGACUCUGUUUGCUGGUCUGGAGCCUCAUAUACCCAAUGCUUACUGUAACUGCAUGAUCCAGGUGCUGUAUUUCCUGGAGCCGAUCAGGUGCCUGGUACAGAAUCACCUGUGCCAAAAGGAGUUCUGUUUGGCCUGUGAGCUUGGCUUCCUCUUUCAUAUGCUGGAUCUCAGCAGAGGAGACCCCUGCCAGGCCAGUAAUUUCCUUCGCGCGUUCCGGACCAUCCCUGAAGCAUCUGCGCUGGGCCUGAUUCUGGCUGACUCUGACGAGCAGACAGGGAAGGCCAGGCUGGGGCGGCUGAUCCAGAGCUGGAACCGCUUCAUCCUCACACAGCUGCACCAGGAAACCCAGGAGCAGGAAGGACCUCAGGCCUACAGAGGCACCAGCAGCAGUUCUCUGGGCUCGUCAGGGGAGUCUGUGAUUGGCAGGCUGUUUGGCUGUGAGGUGGAGAACAGCAGUCUGUGUCGCUGUGGAAAGGAGACGGUGCGGUCUUCUCUCACUCUGCUCUUCACCAUGCACUACCCCGAGCAGAGCUCCGUCGACAAGGUUCAGGAGUACGACUUCACUGAGAUCCUGAAGAAGAGCAUCUGUCUGGAGCAGAGCACACAGGCCUGGUGUGAAAACUGUGAGAAGUAUCAGCCUACAGUGCAGACCCGGAACAUCCGCUGUUUGCCAGAUGUGCUGGUAAUAAAUUGUGAGGUGAACAGUGUUAAAGAAGCAGAAUUCUGGAAGGCCCAAGCAGAGUUUGCGUUCAACAAGGCCCUCAAAAAAGAGGCAGCAGAGCCCCCGAAACCCAAGGAACCUCUCCCUACAGAGUGGUGCAUAGACAGUGAUGUGCUCUGCAACGUGGAAGGCUUGACCAUUGACACUUGUGCAGAAGACCUGAGGCAUGUGUGGAUCCCACUCAGCAUGAAGAUGUGCAUCAGUAAAGCUCAUGGUCUGGAGGUGUGCAGCUGGCCUGAGGGUGAGGAGUUGAGUGCAGAGGAUGAGGCUGAGGGGGCUGCUGUGUAUGACCUGGUGGUCACUGUGCCCCACGUCCUUGAUGCCCGUACAGGGGGUAACCUGGUAGCCCAUAUCAAAGUUGGUGAGACUUAUCAUCAGAGGAAAGAGGGAGUAACUCAUCAGCAGUGGUAUCUCUUCAAUGACUUCUUGAUUGAGCCUAUUGAUAAGACUGAAGCAGCUCAGUUUGAUGUGAGCUGGAAGGUUCCGGCCAUCAUUUACUACGCCAAGAGGAACUACCACUCCAAAUAUGACCUACGCAUUAAAAACCCUAUUGAAGCCAGUGUGCUGCUGACAGAAGCCUCCUUGGCACGAAAACAGCGGAAAAGUCAUGCCACCUUCAUCCCUCUAAUGGUUAGCGAGAUGCCACAGGCAGGAGACCUCGUGGGACUGGACGCAGAGUUUGUCACACUGAACCAGGAAGAAGCUGAGCUGAGAAGUGAUGGAACCAAGUCCACCAUUAAACCCAGUCAGAUGUCUGUGGCUCGCAUUACAUGUGUGAGAGGACAGGGGCCCAAUGAAGGAGUUCCUUUCAUCGAUGACUACAUCUCAACACAGGAACAGGUGGUUGACUACUUGACCCAGUACUCCGGCAUCAAACCUGGAGAUCUGGACGCCAAGAUUUCCUCUAAACACUUAACCACUCUGAAGUCCACUUACCUCAAACUCCGUUUUCUGAUUGACACUGGAGUGCGUUUCGUUGGCCAUGGAUUACAAAAAGAUUUCCGGGUCAUAAACUUGUUGGUCCUGAAGGAUCAGGUGAUAGACACAGUCUACCUCUUCCACAUGCCCAGGAAAAGAAUGAUCUCUUUGCGUUUCCUUGCCUGGUACUUCCUUGACUUAAACAUUCAGAGUGAGACUCAUGACAGUAUAGAGGACGCUCGCACGGCCCUGCAGCUGUACAGGAAAUACUUGGAGCUGAGCCGCGGGGGACAGGAUGAAUUCCGAAAGGUUUUGAAGGGGCUGUACGAAAAGGGACGGAAGCUGGACUGGAAAGUACCUGAUGUGGACUCUGCCGAUGGUCAGGGUAGCCCAAAAGGUACUGCUGUGUUCCCCUCGGUGCUAGGCUUAUGAUCAGAGUGAAAUUCCUCUCACAACUCCAACAUUCCUACCAAAGGGAAUUCUCAUCUAUCCAGGACUCCUCAGUAUCACUGACAAAGCUAGCUGAUAAUUAAUCGCAGUGGUCUUUGUCAGGCUGUUACAAGUACUGACAAUAUAAAGACUUUUUAUACUGAUUAUGUUGGGGGGAAGUGAACUUGCAGUGAGAAAAUUGUUUAAAAAUGAUGUGUCCUGAUAAGCCUUUCUCCACUCAAGUGUGCAGUUUGUGUGCCAUGGAGAGGAGAUACCUCUAGAACGAAUUAAGAUUUGUAAGUGGAAAAAGCAGAAUUGAAACCUAACCAAAAAUGACCUAAUAGCAGUACUUUUUGCUUGCAUUUCAUUCCAUGUUUACAAGACGUCCAGGAUUGAUGCAUGCACCACAUAAUAGCCACUGCACAUAUCUGUGUUUGUUAACUCACAGGCUGAAUGGUGUUGUUAGAUUGCUGCAGUCAAUUUUGUUGUUUUUCAGAAAAGCAAAUACCAAACUGAGCAGUAACUACACAUGGCAGUCCUGUUUUGGGAUGUUAGCAGUCUAUUUAACACAUUUCGGAAAUCAUUAAAAUGCAUAUUUCAAAAUAAUCCUGUUUUACUUUUUAGCACAGCAUACUAUCCCAAGCAUCACAAAUAUAUAACUUGGUGUUUGCCUUGAUCCUGGACAUGCAUAGCAUACAACUGGUGAGGCAAUUGUGCAGCUUUUCAUAGCUGAUUCAGUUGUAAAGUUUGGUCAGAUCUGUUCAUAUUACAUGUUUUGCUGAUUUUGGUGAUCUACUUGUAGUCCUCUAGAGGGAACAGACUUAAUUGUAGUAUUUUCUGCACAAUUUCUGUUUUUUUGCAGUGUUUAACAAUAUAAUGAAAAUAUUAGUGCAUAUUGGAAAAAAUAAAAUCCAAAAUGUGCCAGAACUUUUUGCAUACACCAUUUUCCCCCAAUGUGUUAAACCCAGCAAAUAAACACUAAUUGGGCAUUACAAUGUGUAGAGGUUCGUUCCCUCUAGAGGAUAUUAACUUAUUUUCACUUAGAAAAGUGAUGAAACGAUUUGACAACGGGCAUCCAGUUUUGAAUACGACUGUGCCUGUGGAGCCUGACGUUGCACUUACUGAAAUUUUUUACAUAAGUAGUUAAAAGCAAACAAAGUGUAUUAAUUGUUUAAACGUUUUUGUCUGUUUUUGUAACCAUAAUGAGGCAGCUGAAUAAAAUGUUUGACUUUUUGACAUA